UUGUCUGCCUGGGUUUUCGCCGGAGCCCCACGCCCUCCCGCCUCUGAGUCCUGGAAGAAAGAGGCGGCUCCUUCCGCUCCCCAGUACUCCAGAAGAUGGGGAGCAAGGCCCUGCCGGCGCCCAUCCCGCUCCACCCGUCCCUGCAGCUCACCAAUUACUCCUUCCUGCAGGCCGUGAACACUUUCCCUGCCGCCGUGGACCACCUGCAGGGCCUGUACGGGCUCAGCGCUGUGCAGACCAUGCACAUGAACCACUGGACGCUGGGGUACCCCAACGUGCACGAGAUUGCCCGCUCCACUAUCACCGAGAUGGCGGCGGCGCAGGGCCUCAUGGACGCCCGCUUCCCCUUCCCGGCUCUGCCUUUUACCACUCACCUCUUCCACCCCAAACAGGGGGCCAUUGCCCACGUCCUCCCAGCCUUGCACAAGGACCGGCCCCGUUUUGACUUUGCCAAUUUGGCCGUGGCCGCCACGCAGGAGGACCCCCCCAAGAUGGGGGACCUGACCAAGCUGAGCCCAGGUCUGGGCAGUCCUAUCUCUGGCCUCAGUAAAUUGACUCCGGACAGAAAGCCUUCCCGAGGGAGGUUGCCCUCCAAAACGAAAAAAGAGUUUAUCUGCAAGUUUUGCGGGAGACACUUUACCAAAUCCUACAACUUGCUCAUCCAUGAAAGGACCCACACAGAUGAGAGGCCUUACACCUGUGACAUCUGCCACAAGGCCUUCCGGAGGCAAGACCACUUGCGGGAUCACAGGUAUAUCCAUUCCAAAGAAAAACCCUUCAAAUGUCAGGAAUGUGGGAAAGGAUUUUGUCAGUCUAGAACUCUAGCAGUUCACAAAACUUUACAUAUGCAGGAAUCUCCACACAAAUGUCCCACAUGUGGAAGAACCUUUAAUCAGAGAAGUAAUCUGAAAACUCACCUUCUCACCCAUACAGACAUCAAGCCCUACAGCUGCGAGCAGUGCGGCAAAGUGUUCAGGCGAAACUGUGAUCUGCGGCGGCACAGCCUGACUCACACCCCGCGGCAGGACUUCUAG